CGCCGCGUGCCGACGGAGCGGACAUGAGCAGAGCGAUGGUGGCCAGGCUGGGGCUGGGGCUGCUGCUCUUGGCACUGCUCCUACCCACGCAGAUUUACUCAAACCGAACAGCUGUUGUGCAACCUUCAAGUAACACCUCUCAGAACACCUCUACUACCCCAAAUCCAACUAAUGCCACCACCAAGGCAGGCAGCGGUGCCCUGCAGUCCACAGCCAGUCUCCUUGUGGUCUCGACCUCUCUUCUACCUUUCUACUGUUAG